AUGGAUGCUAAACCAACACCAGUUCAAGCUGGACAAAGAAGCCUAACACCGGUGGCUAUUGGAAGUUCAAAUACAUCGCCAUCGUCAUCAUCUUCAUCACCAAAUGAAAUUGAAAAUCCAUCAUAUCAAAGAAACUGUAGAAAAAAUCCAACUAUCCAAGAUAUAAAUAAUUUAGAUUCCUCUUCAAUAUCUGAAAUCAUACCAUUGUCACGUCAAAAUUCAGAUAAUAGCACUUUAUCAACAAAACUCAAGAAUAAGGUAAUUAAAACAUCGACAGGUGGUAAGAAGAAGAAGAAGAAAUCGCAAUGUUAUUAUGGUAAUUGUACUAGUUCUCAUUUAAAGCUUAUAGGAUUUUGUGAUUAUUGUAGUGGUAAUUACUGUUCCAAACAUAGACUACUAGAGAACCAUCAAUGUAAGGGUCUAAGCACUUGCAAAGAACAACUGCGAAAGAGAAAUGCUGAUAAAUUAGAGAGUGAGCAAACUAUAAUACCCAAGAUUCAGAUAUAG